CGUCCAAGAGGGAAUAGCACAGCUGAUUUCUGGAUGCCUGUUUCAAAUGGGACAGAACAGACCCAUCAGCAGCAAAGCACAUUGCAGUUUGGAAGUACACUGGAAGAACCAAAGGUCAUUUUGCAGAAGAAACAUUAUAUGGAUCACUCAGCCUUUUUAAACACACAAGGUGAUACUGUUGUAAGCAGCGAAACAGGACAAGACGUAACCAGAUCUGGAAUUCAGCAUGAAUACAUUAAGUACCACAAAACAGUACUAGAAGAUCUAAAUAAUAUGAGCUCCAAUUUUCUUAACAUAGAAACACAACAAUCCCAGAGUUCUUACUGCAAAAAUGAGAAAAAAAACCUUAAUGAUAAAAGUAGAGUAAAUAAAUUCAGUAAUAAUGCUGGUGUUUUGAGUCAGGUCAAAGCCACAAUUAGAAAAGAUUCAGUUGCUGAGUGCAAAGAUGAAUUUCAAGAUAGAAAACAAAAAAUGAUUUUCACUGACCCAGAGCAGAUUUUCUUUACAAGGUCAAGAAGAUCUGAUGAAGCAAAUGAAAAUAUUUUGCAAAUGAAACAGAGCCCAUGCAGCUUGAAAGAAAAGGAAGAGAAAGUGUCAGAGAAUUAUAAACAAAAGAUAUACUUUGAUGGAAAUACUCAACUGGAUUCAAGAGUCAGUAGAAGGGAUGUUGCGGAAACAAGAUGUAGUUCCUCAGAGCUCUUUCUCUUAGAGGUAAGAUCUAUGACGAUUUGUUUUGUUGCCGAAAUAAGGUUGCCACGACAUUUCUUUUUUUGUGUGAACCACCUGCAGUAAACCGAAUAGCAGUGUAAAUGAUAGGCGAUGGGCAGAAGCACUUCAAGCAAGAAAUAAAGAAAUAAAGCGUCAUCUAACAUUUAACAUGUGAUUGUGAUAUUGACAUUUAGACUUUGUAAAAGUUUAAUACUGACAGUUUGUACUAACUACUGUUUUUUUGUUGUUGUUUAAAUCAAAUCAAAUACAGUAUAACAAGUGUUAUCAAUAAUCUUAUGCCACCAUAUACCAGAGAUAUUACUUGACAAAUGUUGCUGUGCCUUAAGGAUAAUGCAUAUCAGUAUUUUUAUUUGUUAUAGGCCCCAAACCGACAGGAGUCUGAACAAAUACUCAAUUAUUCAUUUUUGAGCAAUGAAUCUCCUACCUAUUCCCCCAGGGAAAGUUGUUUCAGUACAAAUUCCGAUUCAGAUGAAGAUGAUCAAAACAUGCAACAAGAAGGGCAGGAUGAAUGCAACAUUCAAGAAGCUUAUGCAUUCAAUGAUUCAUUUUCGAGCAGUGUGUCUCCUACCUAUUCGCACAGGGAAAGUUGUUUCAAUAGAGAUUCAGAUGAAGAUGAUCAAAACAUGCAACGAGGACAGGAUGAAUACAGCAUUCCAGAAGCUUAUGGUAAAGCCAUACCUACAACAGCCUUCAGCACCAAAAGUGAUCAGUUGAAGACAAAUUCAAUGGCUAAUGAAACAGAUGACAUUCAUACAAAUGAGAAAAAAUCCAGCAGUAGAAUCAGGAACAAUGAAGAUCAAGAUCAGUUUGUUCCGUUACAAGUAAAAUGUAGAUUACAGUCUUCUAGUAAUAACCAAAUUAGGAAUGUUGGGACACAAACUGACAGUGUUUUGAUAUUUUCUGGCAAAUCAGACAUUGCUACACAAUGCAACCUAGAGAACGACAAUGUGUUUGCUUCUGUUCUGAAAUGCAAUAAUGAUAAACCUAAUGUGACCACCAGGAGGCAGACUAGUCCAGUGAAUAACACCUCAGAGCUAAACCAUUCAAGGGUAGGGGCAUGCAAACACUCCGAAACAGAGUAUCUUUGUAAAAAAAACUUCACAGCUGGAGGAAAGCAAAAUAACAGUAGUUCAAGAUUAAACUUGAAAAAAAACUUUGAGAGCAAGAGUGAAACCAACACUGGAAAUUCUGCAAGCUUGGACUGCAGUAUGCCAACAAGACCAAGAAACAGCAAAACAAAAGAACAUUCGGAUUCCCAGAAAAUUAGCCUUUUUGUUGGAAAUGAUAAAACAAAGAAUACGUCCUGCAGUCACACAGUACCAAGAGGGUUAGAUGGAGACGCCAACAAUUUGGAAUGCAGUGUGAAUGAACCAGGUUUGAAUAGCCAACAUUUUUAUGGUAAAAACCUGAGAGCUGAUUAUGAUAGGACUACAAGUGGAAAACAGACUGAGCAAAUUCAGCCCAAGAUCACGGUUAUAAGGAACUCAGAAGAGACAAAGACACUUCAUGAAAUAGCAGAUAUUUUGCUGAUGUUGAGGCAUAAAAAAUAGUUACAGCUGAAGGAAAAUAGUAAAUUGUUGAUUGGCCACUCUCUUGUCUGUUGCCAGGUGACUGGUAUUAAAGUUAGAGACAGGUCUGCUAGGUAAUUAGCAUAUUUA